CGCUCUUACAUCGCCGGUGACUGCUUCUGCGCGCUCCGCUUCACUGUGAUUGGCUGUUUGUCCUGUUUGAAGAUGGCGGACAUAGAGAAAUGUGGAAGAGAUGAGGCUGGCGAAGACUGCGAGACGGAGAAGAUUGUCCGGGACUCCAAAAGACUAAAGAAGGAUAAUGGGGAAGAGGGAAACGGUCACGUUUCAUCCGAUGUUUCCGUACUGGCGGGUUUUGAGACCAAAUCGGUGUUGCGGGAGUCCGCGCGGGAGAAGAACAUUUUCAUUCACGGAAUGCUGGCCGGCCAAGAGGCGGUGGUGAUCCUGGAGAAGACCCCCAUCCGCGAGGACACCGUGCCGGCGCUGCUCGAGGGCUCGCGGCUGACGCUCGAGAUGCGGAACGACAUUUACAGCACGUACCGCGCGCAGCCACCAGUGCAGCUGAACGAGCUGAAGGCUACGCUAGUGUGUCCAGCGACGGAGAAGCACGUGAAGAAGUAUCGGAGGCGAGAGACUUUCCUGCUGUGGGAGACGGGGGAGGACUACCAGACCAUCACCCUACCUUUCCUGCUGAGUCAGAGCUUCAGCCUGCAGUGGGUUUACAACAUCCUGGAUAAGAAGGCAGAGGCCGAUCGCAUUGUCUUUGAGGAUCCGGACCCACAAGUCGGCUUCGUCCUGCUCCCGGACUUUAAGUGGGACCAGAAGCAGCUGGACGACUUGUACCUCAUCGCCAUCGUCCACAGGAGGGACAUCAAGAGCCUCCGAGACCUAAGAGGGGAACAUCUACAACUUCUGGAGAACAUUCGCAGCAAGGGGGAGGAUGCUGUCCGUCAGCGCUACGACGUCGCCCCCAACAGGCUGCGUGUGUUCCUUCACUACCAGCCUUCCUACUACCACCUCCACGUCCACCUCACGGCCCUCAGCUACGAGGCCCCCGGCAGCACCGUGGAGAGGGCCCACCUCCUGUCCGACGUCAUCCAGAACCUGCAGGCUGACCCAGAGUAUUACCGCAGUCGAACCCUGGCCUUUCCGGCACACACAGAUGACGGACUGCUGGAAAAGUUUAAGGAAGCAGGCAGGCUCUAGGACCAUGGCCGCAUCGCGAUCCUGCCCGUUGUCUCUCAUGGUUCAAUUCUGCUCUGAGUCUUCUGUGUUUUGCUAUUUUUUUUUUAUGUGUUUUUUGUAACAAGCGGUUCAUUGUUU